CCCUCGGGGUGCUGCGCAUCAAAGUGGAGGAGCCCGGUGUGGAGCCGGGCAAUGGCCAGGGCUACUGCGGGGAUGGCAGAGAGUCAGGGGCAGGGUUCGGGUGCUCCCAGGUUCAGGAAGUGGGUGAAGAGGCUUGCGGUGCCAUCAAGAGAGAAAGGGACCAUGAAGUGUUUGGCGGUGAAUGCCAGAACGAGGUAUGCCAGACACUCCAUUUAGCAAGGACAAAAAUGGCCACGUGAAGCGUCCAAUGAAUGCAUUUAUGGUAUGGGCAAGGAUUCAUCGGCCCGUCCUAGCAAAAGCUAACCCAGCUGCCAACAAUGCAGAUAUCAGUGUUCAGCUUGGAUUGGAGUGGAGCAAACUGACUGAAGAGCAGAAGCAGCCCUAUUAUGAUGAAGCUCAUAAAAUAAAACAAAGGCACAGAGAGGAAUUUCCUGAUUGGGUUUAUCAACCACGACCAAGCAAAAGGAAGCGUUUUCCACUGCCUGUCUCUGCUGUAUUUCCCGGUGUUUCUCAGAGUGUCAUCACUACAAAUCCAGCUGGCAUUUGUCCCAUCCAGUCACCUGCUUACUCUGUUGUCAUCCCCAAUGUUAAGAACAGCAUUGGAUAUCCAGUCUGUGAGCCUCCGGCCAUACGUCUGCCAGCUUCUUCCAUUCAACCUGCUGGUCCAAUUACUCUUUUCCAGACUACUAGUGCAAACACUGCAUCAGUGGCUGUUCCAGCUCCAGCCCUGCCCCUGCCCCCUGUAAUUUCACCACAGUGCUUUGCUCAACCUGCUAAGACAGAAGCUCCUGAUGCGUCAUCUGGGCUCAACUGCUCUCUGAAGACAUCUGCACCAGUUUUUAUUGAGAGCUUCAGUGGAAACCCAAGUAACAUAGCCAACACUAAUGGCAGAUUUUCUGUCUCUAAUAGUGAGCCCCCCAGGGAGUACCCAGGAGUUUCUAUUUUCCCUAGAGGUUUACCUCUUCCCCAGGCUACCCCUUUUCUCCACUCACAUGUCUAUGACAUUGCUCAGCCAGCUGGUCUGUUUGGAGUACCUCUUCGGUUUCCAUUUUCCCACUCUUACAUUGUACCUGGACCUCACUAUUUCCCAUCAAGCACAUGCUCAUUCAGCCGUCCCCCAUUUGGCCGUGCGAAUUUCCCCAACUCAGUGCCUGAAUGCUUUGGCUUUUCUGAAGACAAGUACCAAAGGCAGGAAUUGAUGUUUCCAGCUCUGGAGGGAGCCUAUCCUUCCAAGGAACACCCGGAAGAAAGCACACGUGAGAACCAGCACAUCUGUGUGCGCCUUGAAGCAGUAUCCUCUCAGAGCAACUGGAAUGAGGGGCAGGUUGUUAGGCCCCUACCACAGCUGGGUGUUGGAGGACUGGAGGAGCUUUUCUCAGCCACUCCAUCUAGUUCCUCCAGCAUCCGCAUAGUCAGUAUAACUGAUAGCGAUGAGGAAGAGGAAUUAAAGUUGUUGCAAGAAUUGUAAUUUUUAAAACAUUAUAAUCCAGAGUUAUAUUUUAGAAUGGGAAAUAAAUGUUUUCCUCAACAUU